AUGUUCCAGCUGUACCAACGGCUUAAAUGGAUCUACCAGAAGUUCAAACUCAAUGCAUGGUUGCCAUUUGCCGCAUUAGUCUCCUAUACGGUAUUCGGUGCAUUUGUCUUCAAGUCGUUCGAAAUGGACAAUGAUCAACGCAAAAGAGAGAACUAUCGGAAUCGAACCAUUUACGCGAUGAAUCAAGUGUUGGAACGAAUGUUGGAGGUGCGAUGCCACGAUUCAGGGAUACGCAGUGCCGAUAAAGCUUACCAGGUUCAACAUGCUAAAGAGGCGUUGAUUUGGUUUUUGGAGCACCUCAAUCUCACCGAAGUGCUAAAUGAACGGACCGAGGACACACCGUGGACGUGGCUCGGAUCGAUGUUCUAUGCAGGCCAACUCUACACUACUAUUGGGUAUGGAUUUCCUGCCACGAGUACGGCUGCAGGACGAGUCGCUUCAAUCUUCUAUAUACUUUUCGGUAUUCCAAUCUUUCUCAUCAUUCUGAAGGACAUAGGUCGCCUGAUGUCGAGAGGUUGUCGCAAGCUUUACAAAAGGCUACGGGCAUCACGGCGCAAAAUUGCAGACACGAAAUCAGUGCAAAAUGUCUCGCAGUUCUUUGCUCGAAUCUACAAAUCAAAUGGAGCACAUUGUGAGAACGGCGGUACCCAGAAACGCGAUCCCGAGUUCGGUCCUGAACAGCAGAAUAAGAUGAAUGCUCGUCUGCAUGCCGAAAACGCUUUUCCUAUUCCAAUCGCCCUGUCGAUGUUGUUCUUGUGGAUACUUUUCUCAGCCUCUCUAUUCUGUUAUUGGGAGAGCGAAUGGGGCUACUUGACUUCCAUCUAUUUCUUCUUCGUCUCUAUCAGUACUGUCGGCUUGGGCGACAUAGUGUUCAUGAAUCCCGACAUGAUGAUCUUCAACUUCUUAUUGAUUCUAAUCGGCUUAGCUCUGUUGUCAAUGUGCUUCAACCUCAUUCAGCCCCUACCACCGCCCCAAUCAGCAAACCAGGGCAAAGUAGCAGUAAGCACACCGCUGGCUUUGUCCAACAGGACGAGUUUGUGCAUAACCGAAAGUCGGCCUGUGGGAUAUGUGGGAAUACCUAGAGCAUACGGUGAGAGAAAGAUGGUGUCGAUUGGAUAA